AUGGAUUACAAAGUCGUUGUCGCAGCAGUACACGCCGCGCCCGUGUUUAUGAAUAAGGCUGCUACUACUGACAAGGUUAUCAAUUUGAUUGAGCAAGCGGGCAAGGAGAACAUUGAGCUGUUGGUCUUCCCUGAGACGUUUAUUCCUGGUUAUCCAUAUUGGAUCGAGUGCUACCCGCCACUCCAACAAGUCGGGGCCUUAGCCAAAUAUGCUGAUGAGAGCGUCGUUGUUCAAGAUGGCGACGAAAUCACACGCAUCUCGGCUGCCUGCCGUCGCACUGGUGUAGCCAUUAGCCUCGGUGUUUCAGAGCGUAUUGCUCAAGGUUACACGCUAUUCAACUCUCAGGUCAAUAUCGACGCCAAUGGCACCUUAUUAGGCGUGCACCGCAAGCUACAGCCAACAUACGUUGAACGCUCUGUCUGGGCGCAAGGCGGUGGCCAUACGCUACGAACAUACAAACUGACCGCCUCAGGACAGCCUUUCAACCUUGGCGGUCUUUGUUGCUGGGAACAUACCAUGAAUGGCGCGCGCCAAGCACUCAUCACUCAGCACGAACAUAUCCACGCCGGUGCCUGGCCGGCUCUGUCGACCAUGGCUGGCUUCGAAGCCGUAGCUGAUUCUCAAAUCGAGGCUUUGAUGAAGGCGCAUGCCCUAACAGCUCAAGUCUUUGUCAUCACCGCGUCUAACUAUGUUGAUAAUAGUUGCCUCGAGUGGAUGGAUAAGAAUCUAGGCAAGCAGGAGUUUGUCAAAGCGGGCGGGGGCUGGUCUGCUGUAAUCCAUCCGUUUUGCUCAUUUCUUUCUGGUCCACAUACUGGCGCUGAAGAGAAACUUGUCAAGGCUAAGGUUGAUCUAUCGCAGCUUGGACAGGUCAAGGUUUGGGUUGAUGCUGCUGGUCAUUAUCAACGUCCGGAAAUCCUCAAGUUCAGCUUUGACGACCAGCCUUUAUGGGCAGAUGAAAAGCCAGCCUCCCAGAGAUCUUCAAAUGUUGAGAAAAGUCCCGAAGAAGACUCAGUGUCAAAGGAGACUCUUUAA